AUGGCUGCUUCAAUGACACACUUGGCCACGGCCAGCAUGGCCAGCGCCUCCACUGUUCCCUCCGGGUUCAGCGUCUAUGACAAUGCCUUCUACAAGGUCCUCGGCUCAGCUCCAAAGCUUGAGGUGAUCCAUGAGAACCAAUCCUACCCCUUCGCCCACGAGGCAAGCGUGUACAUCCCGUCCUCGGAGACUCUCUUCAUGUCAAGCAACAGCUUCACGGACCCAGUCACCGGCGAGAAGACAAUCAAAAUCACCAAAGCCAGUGUGAGCGAGAAUCCCGUAACCGCGGAGAUCAUCAACACGACCGUUCCCAUGCCCAACGGCGGUGUCAACCACGGUGCCGGUAUCCUCUGGACUGGCCAGGGUACCAUGAACUCGACUGGUGGACUGUUCCAGAUGUCCGUACAGCCACCGUACAAGGCCGAGCUUGUUGUUGGUGGUUUCUACGGCCGCCAGUUCAAUUCGCUGAAUGAUGUCGUAGUGAACAGUGAUGGGUCUUAUUGGUUCACUGACCCCAUUUAUGGCUGGCGCCAGGGUCUUAGGCCUCAGCCCAAGCUGCCGAACCAGGUGUAUCGGUAUGAUCCAGCUACUAGGAAUGUGCGCGUUAUUGCGGAUGGCUUUGGGAGGCCGAAUGGCAUUACUUUCUCGCCUGAUGAGAAAACUGUAUAUAUCACCGAUACUGCGGAGACUAAUGGUGAUGGUUCGACGGAUAAGAUGUUGGCUGCUACUAUCUACGCGCUUGACGUGAUCAAGGUCAAUGGGGAGCCUUUCCUGACCAACCGUCGUGUCUUUGCCAUGCCAGGUGAUGGAAUCCCUGAUGGCGUCAAGGUCGAUAUGGAUGGUAACGUCUAUGCUGGUUGCGGUGACGGUGUCAAUGUCUGGUCGGCUGGCGGUGUCUUGCUCGGCAAGAUCCUGAUUGAGGAUGGUACGUCGAAUUUCUCGUUCGGCAAGAACGGCACAAUGUUCAUUUUGAACGAGAACAAGCUCUGGAGGGCGCAAUUGAACAAGAAGGUUCACGGCAACCUUUUCUAG